AUGACAUCCGACAAAGCGCGCGUCCUCCUUGUCGGAUGUGGAGGCAUCGGCACAAUCGCCGCUCUCAACCUCGAAGCCGGAGGAUUGGCUCGGGUCUCCGCAGUCCUCCGCUCCAACUUCGAUGUCGUGAAGCGCAAUGGAUUUACGAUGAAGUCUUGCGAACACGGCGACAAAGAAGGCUGGCGGCCUACCGAAGUCUUGAGUAGCGUCCCGGCAUCAACAAACUCGGGCUCUGAUAGCGUUUUUGACUUCGUCGUUUGCUGCACCAAGAACCUCCCAGACGCCGGUCCAAGCCUGCCAGACAUCAUCGCUCCAGCCGUCGUCCCAGGCCGGACGGUCAUCGUACUCAUCCAAAACGGCAUAAACAUCCAACUACCCUUCUUCAGUCGCUUCCCUACAACCAUUGUUCUCUCUGGAGUAAGCCGCAUUGACGCGCACGAGCAUUCACCAGGCGUCGUCGAACAGAAGCAGCCCGAUCUCCUCCACAUCGGCGCUUUUCGCAACCCCAACAUCGACCUGGAAGAACAGCAACACGCCGCCAGACGCUUCAUUGAGAUGUAUAGUGCCGGAGGUCAGACGACAUGCCUCUAUAAGCCAGACGUCGAUUUCGACCGGUGGAUCAAACUCGUCUACAAUGCUUCGUUCAAUCCCAUCUGUGCUUUAACGAGGGUGAACGCUAGCCAGCUACGGACGGCGGAUGCUUCCAUGAACUCUUUGGUCGUACCGGCCAUGAAAGAAGUAAUCGCAGUAGCUGCUGCUACAGGCCAUGAUAUCCCCUCAAGUGCCAUGACACAGGCUAUAGAGAUGAAUCCAAUCGAUGAGAAUAUCGAACCCAGCAUGCAAGUUGAUUUUGAUAAGGGAAACCUGAUUGAGCACGAAAAUAUCCUUGGUGAAAUCUGCCGAGAAGCACACAAGCGAUCUGUAGCAACACCCAUCUUGGACGUACUCUAUGAGCUCUGUCGUGCGCAUCAAUGGGGUAUCAAGAGGGACCGCGGCUUAGCAUGA